CUUUCUUCUCACAUAUAUCAACUAAAUCGCCAGGUCUACUCUGUACCCCGGCAUCGCCACAUCAAUAACGCUGCAAUUGGCCGUGGCAACAUAACCUCCACAUAGCAAAGAGACACAAGCAGUCGUCUCCCAUCUUACCACCAUCGCCCAUCGCCAAACCAAAAGGAAACCACCAUGCCCCACGCCGAAACCUACACCGAGUUCCGCCCCUCCGAAUACCCCCCCUUCCCCUCCAGCCCCGACUUCCCCACCGUCGAGCUGUCCACCAUCUCGCUGCAGAAAAUCCUCGCCCACGAUGCCGCCGAGGAGGAGCGCGUGCUAGAAGCGUGCAUGGGCCGCGGCUUCUUCUACCUCGACCUCGCGGGCCCGGAAGCAGGCGAGACGAUUCUGCAGGGCGCGGAGGACGUGGUGCGGGUCGCGGAGCGGUUCAUGACGGGCGUGCCGGAGGAGGAGAAGUUGAAGUAUGCCAUGCGGGAUGGGGUGCUCUUUGGAUAUAAAUGCCUUGGCUCUACAGUCGUCGACAAAGCAGGCACCCGCGACAUGGCCGAGUUCUUCAACGUGGGCAAAAACGACAUGAUCGCCGAGCCGGGCGCGCCCAUGAACCGCGAAUGGCCCCCCCUCAUCCUCGACAACAAGCCCCUCUUCGCAGCCUACUCGCGCGCCGCCCACGGCAUCGGGCUCUCCAUCCUCGACGUCCUCGCGCGCAAACUCGGCAUCGACGGCGAGGAGAUCCGCUCGCGCCACCGAAUCACCGAACAAGCCGGCGACCACGUCCGGCUCACGCGCGGCCCGCCACGCAAAACGCUCGAGAUGCCUGAGAUUCAGACGCCGUCGCAUACGGAUUUCGGCACCAUCACUGUGCUCAUGAACUGGCUGGGCGGGUUGCAGGUGUGGUCGGAGUCGUCGCGCAGUCUCGGCUCGCUCGAGCCCGACGUCCCGGGCGAGUGGUUGUGGGUGAAGCCCAAGCCGGGUCACGCGAUUAUCAAUCUCGGCGAUGCAAUGGUCAAGUUUACGAAUGGCGUGCUGUGCUCUGGUAGGCAUCGGGUGAUUCCCUCGCCAGGCGAGCAGGGCAAGUGGCCGCGGUACAGCGUUGUGUAUUUCGUGCGGCCGGAGGAUAGCGCGCGGCUGAAGACGUUGAAGGGCAGCGGCGUGCCGCCUGCAAAAGACAUGGAUGAGGAAGGCGUACUCGCAAAGGAGUGGAUUUUCCAACAGGCGAGGGCGCUGGGAAGUAAAGAGCUAGGGGACAAAGACAAGAAAUGAACUCAACACUGCUUUACGUAUUUACGAACAAUCUCAUGAAUCAAGUUCCAUCUAC